AUAAUGUUAAAACUCUUUAAUAAUUAUAAUAUAUUAGAAUGAAUAUUAUAAUAAGCAAAUAUUUUUAUGAUUAUAUUGAUGUACUUGUAAAUUUUGGAAAAUUUAACGCUUUAAAUAAGUUAUGCUAUACAUUGAUUCAAAAUUGUAAAGAAAAUAAUAAAGAGAUUAAAAUGAAAUUAAAUAGAAAUAUAUACAUAUAUAUAAAAUUUUAAAUUUCAGUAUGAGAUUACAAAAUAAAAACAAAAUUAUCUAGAUGGCGCUGGAGAAUUUGUAUAUAAAACGUUUGAAGAAUUUCAUUUAAAAAUUAAUUGAAAAUUAUAUCAUUAAAAUUCAUAAGUUUAACGUCAUAGAUAAGAAAUGGAAUCACCAAAUAUAAAAGUUUCGUAUGCUGAAAAUUCAAAUAAAAAUAAGAAUCCUGAAAAUGAAACUACUCCGCCAAUGUCAAAUAUUAUGUUUAUUAGUGAUGUUUUGGCUCAACGAAUAAACAAUGGUACGAUAGAGGUAGAUGAUACUGAAACUGAUGAUCGAUAUUGGGCGGAGAAGUUAGCAGCUUUAGAUGAGGAACACACAAAAAGGAACAAACUUGAAUCAAAAGAAAUAGAAAAACUUUUUCGUAGUGUAGUAAAUUAUGCACAAAGUACAAGCUCUAAACCUUGCUCAUCGGAACAGAUAAACGUCAAAGAUUGUUAUAAUAACAAUAAAUGUCAAACGCUUCGUUGUAAUAAAGAAGUUCACAAUUUUAUUAAUUGCGUAAAUAAAAUGUUUCACAAGUCCGUUAGCAAUAAUGAUAAUGAUAUCUUUCCAUUCAACAGAAAGUAUACGUACACUGAAAGAUUCAGAAGAGGAUAUUAA